CUCCACGUUUCUUCUUGAUAUGGUUUUCAAGUCUUUUUGGUUUGUCUAUCUCAUUUCAUUGAUGUAAAUUGGCACUAUGGUGCUGUAAUUCCUCCAUAAUUAAUGUCCUAUAUGUUCACUCUGCUCUAAAAUUACAAGCCAAGUGUACGGUGAGGUAGUAAUGUUCAAGCUUAAAGGAAGUUCCCAUGACUAGAUGAUGAGCCCUUUAGCUUACAGUUGAGCUUCCACUGUCCCUCUUACUCUCCAUGUCUAGGGCUGCAGCAAACUUUUUCUCCAGAAAUUGCUCUAUGUUUUGUUUUGGGUGCAGUAUUCUUGUAUAUUAGUUUGAGAUUUUCUAUAGGUUCCACUGUAUAGUAUCUAUUUAUUUGUGUUGUAAUAAUGGUGGGUUUAUUUAUCUAUGGUAUAAUAGUGUAUAUGCAGGAAAAAAAAUGAUUUGAUAUUAAUGAUAUAAUCUAUAUUAUUCUGAAUGAUUGAUGUUUACUUGAAUUAUAUUCCUAAAAAAUCUUCAGCUAUCCUGUUUUAAUUGUAAAUGCAGUUUGAACUCAAAGAAUACCAGGCCUUUUGUGAGGAGCCCAGAAUUGCUGACAUGUUCGAAGCCUUUAAGGAAAGGAAACAACUAGAGUUCAAGGAAAAAUUAGAGCAGAUUGAAGAGGAUUUGAUGGUGUUGCGAUUAUCUAGAAUUAAAAGUCCUUCUCUCCCGAACCUUCCUCAUUUUCGGUCAACCUUCAGUACCCUUCUCUCUCUUUGCCGAAACCCUCAUCCUUCUGCUAGCAGCCAGCAGCCACCUAGCCUCGAUCCGUCGACGAUGGAGCUUCCCAUGCCCCAACACAACCUCUCAUCGAUCCAUCACACCUCCAUCGUCCCUCGGAUCCCUGUUCUUCCUCAUAGACCCUCUGCUUCUCCAUGGAUUUCCUCUCCCUCAAACACAGCCGGCAGCUAUAUCUCCUCCUUAAGUGGCCGGCUACUCUUUCUAUUUCGUUUGAGCGUCAUGGCUACCAAAUCCUGUCACCCGAGCUUUUUCUCUUCUCUAUUUCACCGUCUCUUCCAUCCUCCAUGCAGGCUCAGUUUUCUCUAGAUCCGUCGACGCCGACGAGUUUUCCGGUUACCAUCAUCUCUCCCGUGGCCCCCAAAUCCAUGAAUCUCUAUCCUCAGCCCUCGAUUCCUCCAUCUUUGCCCCCUAUUCCAUCUCGCAUCCACUCACCCGAAGCAUUUUCAUAGACAAAUGAGAUCCAUGCCGACGAGUAAGCACCGGAAUUGGAAAAGGGAGAGGUGGGUCUAUUGAUCGGUGACGGAGGUGAUGUGCACGCGAAGCUCCGGCGACUCGGUGAGAUUUCGAUCUCCCUGUGGCUGGACUAGAUCUGCAGAUCUGUGCUACUACAGAUCACGAGCCGGUGAUAAAAAGCUGACGUCGGCGUAGAUUGAAGGCCCAAAUGCAUUUUGCAGAUUUUUGUAAAAAGGGUAAAGAUCAGAAAGGCCUAUGCAUGUUGCAGAUUCUGGUAAAGAAGAAACCGAUUUGAAAAGCCCAAAAAUCUUGGAUCCAAAAGGCCCGAAGAGUUGAUUUCUAGAAUAUUCCUUUUAGGGUUUCUUUGUUUGGGUAUAAAUAGAGGGUUUUAGGUUAGAAACAGGGAGAGGUUUUUCUUUUAUUUUGAGUUGGGUAUUGAGAACGACGGUAGAAAGGAGAGGAGUUCUGCUAGAGGGAGCCAGUGGUUUGGAGGAGAUUUGGGUUUAUCUUAACUGAGGAGUUUUCUGGGAACGGUGGUGAAGGGGACGAUGGGAGCCUGGUACCGUGGGUGGGAUCCCUCUCAUCAGAUCUGAAUCUACUUUUCCUAAUAAAACUCUGCUGUGGGUGUGAUGCUUUGUUGUUGAUUUCUUUUUUGUAUUUUCCAUUUAAUGUUCAAGGUUGUAUGUGUUUCUUGAGAAAUGAAUGAAAGAUCAUAGCUUUG